UGGAGGCCGAGUUAGCAAGCAAACUUUGUGUUGCGCGGGUGCUUGGGCAAAGGGUCAGCGAGAUCGUGAGCAACACGAAUCGCCAUCUAUAUAGUCACUCAAAUCAGAUCAAAACACGCCAAACUCGGUAGUUUUGUGCGCUAUUUGAAAUUCAUUACUAUUAAUUUGAGGAUUUGAAAGCUUAAGGAUGGGGAUAAUCAGAAGCGGGUUCUCGUUCAUUACAGGAACGAUGUUUGGCGUCUAUCUUGCUCAAAACUACAAUGUCCCAAACUUGAAGAAGCUGGCCGACACCGGCCUUUUAUUUGCCAAGCACAUCGAGGAAACUUAUAGGAAGCCCAAGAAGCGAAACGACGACGAAUGAUUUGAUUUUGAUUUUGGGUCUUGGGCUGCCCUUUAGAUUCCAGGUUCUUGUGUUACUUUAGGGUUUAUGGAGAUCGGAGUUCUAGGCUCAAUUUUUUGUCUUUGCCAGGAGAUUACUGGUUUUUUUUUUUUUUUUAAAUUUUCUCUUAUUAUUUUUUCUUUUUGGAGCCUAUGGACUUCAAUGCUGAUGUAGGAAAGAAAUUAUAGUGAUGAUUGAAGAAAUGGAAUCAAUUGUCUUCCUCGUCUCAA